GGCCGCAGGUGAGUUGCAGCGCAGCGCCCUAGUCUGGCCAGCUCACCUUGCCUGAGCGGCGGCAGUCCCCCCAAGACUCUCGUUUCCCUGCAGGAUGAAGAACCCAAUGCUAGAGGCGGCGUCCCUACUGCUGGAGAAAUUGCUCCUCAUCUCCAACUUCAAGCUCUUCAGUUCGGGCGCCCCGGGUGAAGACAAGGCAAGGAGCACUUGCCAGGAGAUCAACUCCUUCCACCGCGGCGACGUCCUGGAGGUGCCCCGGACCCACCUGACCCAUUAUGGCAUCUACCUGGGCGACAACCGUGUCGCCCACAUGAUGCCCGACAUCCUCUUGGCUCUGACCAAGGACAAGAGGCUCACGCAGAAGGUGGUCUCCAACAAGCGUCUCAUCCUGGGCGUCAUCGGCAGGGUGGCUAGCAUCCGCGUGGACACCGUGGACGACUUCGCCUACGGAGCCGAAAUCCUGGUCAAUCACCUGGAUAAGUCCCUCAAGAAGAAGGCCCUGCUCAACGAAGAGGUGGCUCAGAGAGCGGAGAAGCUGCUGGGCAUCACGCCCUACAGCCUGCUGUGGAACAACUGCGAGCACUUUGUGACUUACUGCAGAUUCGGCACCGGGGUCAGCCCCCAGGCAGACAAGUUUUGUGAGAAUUUGAAGAUAAUUAUUCGUGAUCAGAGAAGUGUUCUUGCUUCGGCACUCUUGGGAUUGGCGGCUAUAAUCUGCCUGGGCAUGGCAUCAUAUACUACUCUUCCUGCUAUUUUUAUUCCAUUCUGCUUAUGGAUGGCUGGCUAACCUCACAUCCUCAUGUCAGUGUGUGUAUUUUGUGUGUAAAUAUGUUUAUAUUUAUAGAGCACAAAUCAGUAUAAGCAUCAUCAAGAAAAAUGUGACCUGAAACAUUGUGUUCUGGAUAAAAAUGUGAUUAAGAAUCACACAAAGCGCUUACUGUGUAAGCCCAAGAACAAGGCUUUCUGAAUCUUCCUCAGGCAGUUCCAUUUUGAAGCUCUGUGCAAAUCUUGGAAACCUGACAGCUGUGAGAGACUUCAUCAUUACAAGAAAACCAGCCUCUAAGAUGAUGGCCACAGGAGAUAGUUUUUUUUUCUCUCUCCUGUAAUCACUGCUCUUCUCAGUUAGGCCAGAAUCUGAAGAUCAGAAGACUUAUUGAAUGAGAUCAUCAACUUUAUUGUAAAUUUAUUCAUUGAAAAACUUAUAUUAAACUGAAAGAAUUUCCCUUGUUCAGAGGAAAACAUGUUUGAUGAUUGGCCUAAAAAGAAAUUCUCAAUCUUUUUUAUGUGUUAUAAUUCCCAAUGAGUCAAGAAUAUUUAAUUACCUGAAACUAUAUUAACAAAAUUAAGGUUUACUGAUAAAAUAACUGACCAGAACUAUGGAAAUCUGUGUUUUCCUGCAGAAAUAGCUACUAUAGCAUCAGUUGAACAAUUUGAUGUAGCUUUACUUAAUAGGAAGCCUAGCAUUCUUCCCCCUCCCCCCUUGACGUGUCACUGUGAUCACUUUAAAUGACUCUAAGAGGUAAAUGGAUAUAGGAUUGCAAUAAUUGGGAUACUUGGAAUGUAUAUGUACCAAUUAAAUAUGCGGAUAUCCACAUACACUCAAACU